UCCAGUGAGAUUGCAUGUGUGUUUGUGUGCAGUUCUUCUGUGUUUUUUUUUUGGACAAACAGGCUCUUUUAGUGCGAGAAGAGUCGUUUAUUCAGUUUGAAAUUUCAAGUCAAUGAAGUCUGUGGUAAACUUCAAGUUCGCGCUGUUACCGCGACUAAAGUUGUCUGGAAAAGAUCCAUCUCAACGGUCCGGUGACUAAAGCCCUCGAAAUUGUUACGAAAUAUUAAAGUAACAAAUUGAGUUGAAAGCUUAAGAAAAAACAAAAAAAGCUAAAAAAAAAAAAAACAAAAACAACCAACCCAUGUACACAAGUCUACACUUAAAUACACUACACCACAAAAAUAAACACACACUAUUUAGUUUAAAUAAAUAAUUAACAUGUAAACAAAACGCUAAUAAAUUUAAAAAACCAAUAUAAAACGUAUAUAAAUUAUAAAUAAUUUAAUAACAAUAAUUAAUUAGUGGUAGGUUUAUUAGCAAAGUAGUUAUUAUAAUUUAAAUUAUUUGAAAAAAAAAAAUAAAACAACUACAAAUUGUGUGAUAUUUUAUUUAAAUAUUUUUUUGUUUGUAUAAUUUAACCUUAAAUUCCUUAAAAACGAAACAUAAAUUCUAAAUGUAAAUUAAUUAUUUUGUAUGUUGAUACUCCUUCUAAUUACUUAAAUAAAAAAAUUCUACCUUAAUUUAAACGCUCUACUUAUUUUUGUUAAUCUUAAUUUUUUUCUAAUUAAUUGGAAUCUUUAUAUUACUUUAAGUUAUAACUGUUUCUUUAGUUUAAUUAUUUUAAAAACAAGUUCAUUUUUUACCAAAUGUUUAUGUAUUAAAGCAUAAGUAAUAGAUUGAUUUUUGACAGCUGUCAUGUAAAUAAUAGUAUUGAACAAAACUAUAGUAAAGUUUUAUUAUUACAAUAUAUUUUUAUUAUUUUGUAUUUAUUUCUAUUUUGCAACUUAAAGUAUUAUUAUACAAAAAGAAAACGCAUUCCUAAUUAUACAUAAUUAUUUUUUUUUUAUAUAUUUUAAUUAAAUUAAUUGAAAGCAAGCAGCAACAAUGCAAAAUUUCAUAAAUUAUUUAAAUUGUAUUAAAUAAAUUUAAAACUAAAAAAUUCUUAUACAUAACACACAUUAUUGUAAAAAAUUAUAAAAAAUAAUUUCAAUUAACAAAACUAAUAACAAAUUAUAAUAAUAAUAAAAAAAACAAAAAAUUAAACAUGUCGCUCAACGGUAAAAAUGCAGAUGAUGCAGCAGCAGCCCAGCAGCAAUUAGAAAAUAAUAAUUAUUACAACAACAAUAAUGACCUUAAAGAUACCUCCUUUACACCUUCCUCCACAACGACGGUAUCGGGAGCAGCAUUGGCUACAGAGCAUACACCAACUCCGCCUCCUCCUACGUCAUCAAGAAGUUUGGCAGACCACAAAUCAGAUCAUAAUAAUACUUCUAGUUCUAGUUUUAUACACAUUCCACCUCCCCCUCGUUCAACUCAUACUGCAACAUCUGCAGCAACAGCGCCAAUUGCAAAUAGUGAGAGUAUGAGUACCACUAACAGCUUAAGUAGAAGAUCAUUAGAUGUUCACACAUUAGAUAUACAUGAACCACAACAACAACAACAAUUACACAGUAAUAAUGUUAAUAAUAUUAACAACAAACAACAACAUGAACAACAACAACAGCCAUCAACACCAACAUUAUCAACAAAUUCGAAAUUAAACUCUACAACACAUGAAUACACCAGUAACAAUGGUGUGCCCCAUGGACACUAUCGUAAUACAUUACCACCUCAAGAUGAUAAUUUUAAAUUAUUUACUAUAUAUGGAAAUGACACCGACAAUGACAAAUUGUCCGGUUUACCACAUUCUACAACCGGUUCAUUAAGCUCUAUCAUCACGACGUCCAUAGCAUCCUCAGAACCUGAUCCGGGAGCGGGCAGCGGUGGUGGCAAUGGAGGCGGCGGCGGUGGUCAUGAUCCCUCAAAUAGUGUAGAUGAAAAAAUGGCCUUAAAUCGACCGGGUAUUAAACAGGAAAAAUGGUCUUCGAUCUUAAUACAAGUGUCUAUACCAUUCUUUUUGGCUGGCAUAGGCACAAUAGGAGCUGGUAUUAUUUUAGGUAGAGUAGAGAAAUGGCGUGUAUUUAAGUCUGUUAGUGAAUUGUUCAUUUUGGUUCCCGCCCUGCUGGGUCUCAAGGGCAAUUUGGAUAUGUGUCUGGCCUCACGUCUCUCCACACAAGUGAAUUUGGGUAAUAUGACGGGAAAGAAAGAGGUAAUACGUAUGAUUGUGGGCAACAUAGCAUUGGUGCAAGUGCAGGCCACUGUGGCAUCAUUUCUGGUCGCUAUGUUUGCGGUAUCUGUAGGCGCUGCCAUGGAUGGUAAUUUCUAUUUUGAACAUGUUAUGUUAUUGACGGCGUCGGCAAUGUUUACGGCGACAUCGUCAUGUUUUGUGUUAGACUUUGUAUUAGUGGCUGUGAUAUUAUUAUCUCAAAAGUAUCGUUUGAAUCCUGAUAAUUUGGCAACCCCCUUAGCUGCCUCCAUAGGUGAUGUGGUUUCAAUUAGUUUGCUAUCGUUUAUUGCUUCGAUUUUAUUCGAUAACAUAAAAACUCAUUUAUGGAUAACUUAUGUUGUAGUGGCCUGUUAUCUGGUCUUGUUACCAAUGUGGGUAACAGUUGUAUUAAAAAAUAAAUAUACACGUCCUGUGCUCAAGAGUGGUUGGGUGCCAGUAUUAUCGGCCCUCUGUAUUAGUGGUUUGGGUGGUCUGGUGUUAGAUGCUGCCGUCGAAGUAUUUCAUGGUUUUGUGGUAUUCCAGCCCAUUAUCAAUGGUAUUGGUGGUAAUUUGGUAUCGGUACAGGCUAGUAAAAUAUCAACAAUGCUGCAUCAAAGUUCAAUUAUCGGCAUUAUACCACCACAUACGAAAAUAUUCGAAUGGCCCUGGAAAGCUUUGUUUAAAGGAGUGCCCUAUGCUAAAACUGCUCGCUUAUUGAUUGGCCUGUCAAUUCCUGGUAAUAUAUUGUUUAUAUUUGUAGCUGAUUAUAUACACAUGUCUCAAUCGACAAUAACCUGGGCAUUUGCUCUCUCAUAUUUGAUUGCCAGUUUGAUACAGUUAAUGCUUCUUUUGUAUAUCGCCCACAUAAUUGUACAUGCCAUGUGGAAAUGGAAAAUCGAUCCAGAUAAUUCAUCUAUACCUUAUCUUACAGCCCUGGGUGAUUUAUUGGGCUCUAGUCUUUUGGCCUUGGCCUUUAUAUUCCUGUUAUCGAUUAACAAGGAAUAUGGCGCUGGCUUGGAUACUUUAAAUGCUUCAAACUAAAAAAAGAUUGAUUCAUAUUUCUGUCUGUAUGUGCUGUGAUUUGAAAGUGAAAGAAGUAUAGAGAGAGAGUUGUCUUCUAAUUUGCCCCCACAAUGAUUUUGUCAUUCUUAAAUCUUUGUUAGGGCGAGAAGAUAAAUGCAUGUACUAUUUUAAUUGCCAUAAAUAAUAUUUUAACAAAAAACUAAUUACAAAAAAUACAAAAAAAAAAAAUACAAUAAACAGGGUUGUAAGUUAAAUAGUCAGUCAACGACUUCUAAUUACUACUGCUAUAUUUAACAUACAUACGUACUGCAGUUAGAGUUAGUUUAAACAAAAAAUUAGAGUAUAGAGUUGGACAUGUUAAGAUUUUAUAUGUGUUAUAUAAAAUGCUAACAACAAAACAAUAAUGAUUAAAAGUUGAAUGGUCGAGA